CACUGAUCAUGGAAAGAGCUGAAGAUGUCGGCUCGGUCAUGUGAUCAGCUGUGUCCAAUCACAACUGAUCACAUGGGACAUGUACACUGGUCAUCAGGGCACUGAUGAUCAGUGUGCCCUGAUGAUCAGUGUAGCCCCAGCAGUGCCACCUGUCAGUGUCCAUCAAUGCCUUGUGUCAGUGCUGAUCAGUGCCUCGUGCCAGUGCCCAUCAGUGCCACAUCAAUGCCACAUAUCAGCGCCUACCAGUGCACAUUAAUGCCACAUAUCAGUGGCCAUCUGAGCUGCCUUUCAGUGUCACCCAUCAGUGCCACCUAUCAAUGCCAAUCAGUGCCACCUAUCAGUGCUGCCAAUCAGUGCCACGUAUCAGUGCCAGUCAGUGCUGCCUGUCAGUGCGCAUCAGUGCUUCCU